GGUUUUCACUGUUAAAUGAUCGAUAACAGCCGUUGAAAUGGUGAAUUUACCAAUGAAAAUGGGACAGAGUUGAAUAUUUUUUAUAUUUCCGAUAAUUAUUCUUGUUGUCAUUGAUUAUUUCAUCGCAUCACUUCGAAUAUCCGUUUGAAUGGUGUGCAAAAAAUGCUAGCAGGGUUCGAGCAUGGCACAUUUUGACCGCUGAUACGACUGCGCCGAAUGUGCUGAGAGAGCGUAACCAAAUCGAGAGAGAGAGAGAGAGAGAACAUGAGCUCAAAUCGCACGCACACCACUACCGUAACCAUAUACGUAACCAUGCACCGAUGGAACUGCGCGCGCGAUAUCUAUACCACAAUAUUCAUAGUGAAUCAAAGCAGCGGGCGCGAGACAGAGCGAGUGAAAGAGAGAGACCGAGCGUGCCCGUAUUGUAUGCGUAUGCGUAUGCGUGUGUAUAUGUGAGUCUCAUGUAAGUGUCAGUGUGAGCGCAAAUUCGUAUUUUUCUCUGUCUCUGUGGUGCCAAUAGCAGUACGUUUUCUCUCACACAUCGAUAUUGAAUUCCUCCUUGGGAAUAAAAAUCGGUAAAUUUUGUUGAAAUUUUAUUGUAGUACAAUAUCCAUAAAAAUCGGACAUCAUCGCCGUUAAAAAACGCCUAAAAAAUGGAAAAUUCGUACGGCAUUGGCAUUGCAAAUCGUUACGAAUUGUUUUAUGUGGACGAAGAGGCUGGAACCGCCACAAAUAAAUCAAUUAAAAAAGCAAAACAACAGAAAAAAACAGCAGCAGCAGCAUCUGCAAAUGUAGCGGCUAAUGGUGGCGCCGUUGAAAAGGAGAACAAGCCAGCUAACUCAAACAAGGCAUCGAAUCCAACCGCAUCGACAAAGGCUCAACCACAACAACAAAAGGAACAACAGGCAAACUCUGGAAAAUCGGCUAAAAGCGGCGCAUCUAAUCAAAAUGGUCAACAGCAAAGUAACCGCAACGAUCGAGGACCACGUGAAGGCAAGGACAAUAAGAACGCUGAACGGAAAACUGAUGUAGCUCAUCAAAAUGGCGAAAAUCGUGAACAACGCUUCAAUCGGAAAAACCGUGAAAAUCAACCGUUGAACAGUGCUGAUGGUAAUACGAAUGCUGGUGGUAAUAAUCGUGGAAAUCGUGGAAAUGAUCGCAAUGACCGAAAUGACCGUGGCGACCGUGGUGACCGUGGUGACCGGGUCGAUCGUGGAGACCGGGUCGAUCGUGGUGACCGGGUCGAUCGUGGUGACCGUGGUGAUCGUGGUGAUCGAAAUGACCGUGGACAAAAUCGUCGUCAAUAUGGCAAACGUGAAUUUGAUCGUCAAUCUGGUUCCGAUAAAACUGGUGUGAAGGCUAUUGACAAACGCGAUGGCGCUGGCGCCCAUAACUGGGGCACACACAAACAGGACAUUGAUGACUAUCAAAAGGGCUAUGAAAAUACGGAUGAUUCGAAAAAAGAGGACAAGGCUAACAAUGGCGAUGCUAAAGGCGAUGCUGAACAAAAUGGUAAGGACACUGCUGCAGAACAGGUACAAAUCGAAGAAGAAGCCAAAGAAAUCACAUUGGAUGAAUGGAAGGCUCAAAGAGCCGAACGCGCCAAGCCACAAUACAAUAUCCGAAAAGCUGGAGAAGGCGAGGACACAUCACAAUGGAAGAAAAUGAUUGCUCUUGAUAACCGAAAGAAGAAGUCUGAUGAAAGCGAAGAGGAAUAUGAAUACGAUCCAUCCAUGUAUCCGCAACGGGUAGGACGCCAGAAAUUCGUUGAUAUUGAUAUUCAUUUCAAUGACGGUCCACGUGGUGGAGUUAACCGAAGACGAGGUCGUCCACGUGGUCAACGCACAUAUAACGGAAACGAAGCCGGUGAUGCAGUCACUCUACCCAGCGCCCCAGCAAAUGGUAACGAGAAACCAAGCAGCAACACUAGCAACAACAACGCCAACACAAACGCUGUCGUUGCCGCUGCCGCUGCCACCGCUGCCGUCGUCGUCACUGCUGCCAAUACCAACAACACGAACAACAACAACAACAACAACAACAACACUAACAAUAACAAUCGUCGCCGCAACCAAUCAUAUCGCAACCGUCAGGACCGAGGACAACGUUUCGAUGAUCGCCGUCAAAAUGCACCAAAAGUCGAUGAUGAGCACGAUUUUCCAAGCUUGGGUUAAAAACCUGAAUCCAAUAUGCUGCUGAGAGAAAACAUUACAACCACUCCCCUCCCCCUCACACACACACACAGAAAGGCAAAAAAAAAACUACACAAACCGAAACAAAAUUAAUAAAGCAACCCCAAACAACAACAAUAAGAAUAACAAACGUUAAAUACACAUAAUUUAUAAACAUGUUAGAGAUCACACCGUGGAAAAUUAGGAGCAAACAAGCAGCAUAUACACACAAAAAAACACACUCAAAACACACUCAUAUUCAAAUACAAUCACAACAACAAGAAAAAAUGUCAGAAACAACAAAAUUGCAAACAAAAAAAUAUUUGUUUUGAUUUUAUACAUAGAUAAAUUGCAAGAGCAAAAUAUUACAUUUGAAACAAACAACAACAACAACAACAACAAAAAGUAAUUUAGUAGUAGGAAACGGAUUCGUAUGCCAUUUUUACUAAAUUGAGUUUAAAAGAAUAUCAAUCAAAGAAACUAAAAAAAAAACACACACAUUGAACAUGCGUUUAACAAAAAAAAACACAAAAAUAACAAUGAUAGAUGCCCCCACACGCUCACAUGCGCAUCAGAAUAGAACAAUCGCAUGCGAUAAGAAGAUAGAGAUUUUUUUUUUUAAAUUUUCGUUUUCUGUUUGUUAAGAAGAAGAAGAAACAAUUUUGUAAGCACACGACGAAUAUCCGCGGGAAAAUAAUUGAAAGAGAUAAAAACAAAUAAUGUACACAUACAAAAUGCAUGAAUUCGAAUGCGUGCACGGGGCUGGCGCUACACAGCGUGGAACAUUAUUUUUUCUAGUGUAUGUAUAAAUUAUUGAAAUUUUUUGAAAAGCAACAAAAUCCAACUUUUCAUAUUAAUGGAAGAAUAAAAAAAAAAAAAAAACAAACAAACAAACAGAAUUCAAAAUGAAAAACUCUUUUAACUAGCAAACAAACAAAACUUGAGCAAAAAAACACACACAUAAUAUAUGUGGAACACAAAGAAUUAUUUUUGUUAUUUUUUUUUUUCGAGACAAGAGAAUGCAAAGUGAUUGCAAGUUUCAAACUCACUGAUUUAAAGAGAAAAAAAUUCAUUUAAACCGAAGCAGAGAAAAAAAAUUGUAACGAUGAAAGUUAAUUAAUUAACACAACGGCCCGAGAUAAAUAAAGAGAAAAACAACAAAACA